AGCUCAUAUGCAUCCAUCUCACGUGGACUGAUCGAUCAUGCAAAUGAGGCACAAAGAAGCACCACCAACCGUCCGUACGUGCAGGCAAUUCAAAACGACUGCACUCAUGCACAGUCAUGUGCGUGCGUACAUGUGUACGUGUCAUCGAUCAGGUCCUGAAUGGGUUGGGACACGCGUCUUUCUUCUUGUCGACCAGCCUCUUGUCCUCGUCUCUGAUCUUAAAAUAAUCCCAGUUCCCUUUGUGACGCACGUGCCACUCACGCAUCUUGUCCAGAUAGAUCCCAAGCCCUCGCAGCUGACACACACACACACACACACACAUCCAACAUGCAUGGAUCUCGUAUUUCCCCUCUACCCGCUUCUGUCUGUCCGACCUUAGCAGCGAUUUCGAUUUCUUCCGAGUCGACAAGGUCGAUUGCGUCAGGGACGAAGUCAGGGUCGUCCUCAUCUCCUGCUGCCGCCAUCUGCUGUGCCCUGUAGUGCAGCUGGCCCUGCUCGAGUGCUGUGAUGUCACGGCUCACACAAUACUCCACCAUGUCGUCCUUGUCGUAUUGCUGGUCGAUCGAUUAAUCAACCACCCAUCAGUGCACAUACACACAUGGGUACAGCGUCUGGCAAUGCGUUUGUGUCGAUGUUGUGGAUUGUGU